AUGACUGAUAAUAAUUUUACAUUAGUAUGUUAUAAUGUUGGUAAAUGUGUUUGUGAUUUUCGUAUAAAUUUAUAUGGAUGUAAAGAAGAGAAUUUAAUCGUCGCGAUAAAUUAUGUACUUUUAUCAGUCACAGUAACUGGGUUUCUCAUGAGUUGUUAUUUUUUAUAUUCACUUAACACCGUACACAUAGCACUGCUACUUUCUGAAGCUUAUCCAAGUACUAUUCUGGCCGAAAUUGGCCAGGAUGUUCCUCGAUCUUUAGGUUUUGGUGUAGCGGUAUUAAUACCUAUUAGCACAGUAUAUUCAACACCCAAAUUAAUUGCACACACAAGGACUAAAACGCUCUUUGAUAAAGGAGUGGUUGUUGAUAUUAUUGGAUUCACACAAAUCAUUGGACCAUUUGUCACCUUAACACCAUUUGCAUAUCUGACAGGAUAUUAUGCACAAGAUAAUUAUGAUAUAGAAAAAUCUAUAUUUUACUUUAGAGCACACUAUAUAUUAUGGGGAUUUUGGACGAGUUAUUUUAUUAUUGUAAUAAUUAUAUUUUGGAUAAAUUUGAAAAACAAAUUAAACAAUUAUAUCCAAGAAUUGGAAAACAGUCAAAAUGAAGAUUUGAAUUUGAAAUUAAUCAAAAUUAGAAAAGUCACAAAAAAUUUAGAUUCAAAUAUUCAUAUGAAUAACGGUAAAAUGAUGGAUUAUGCGCGUAAUUUGUUUGCAAUUGAACAAUUUGAAGAAUACGUUGUAAAAAAAGAACAGAAAUUUGUAGUUUCCGCUAUUUAUACAUAUUAUAAAAAAGAAAUAGGACCAUUCGUUAAUUAUAAAGUGUUGACUAGAUUACUCACAUGGAACGAGAAAUGGUUUUUUUUAUUACACACGUUUAUUAUAACUAAAACUGAUGAAAUAGUCACUAUCGGUGUAUCAAAAUUGGUUAUUAAAGAUAAAACGGGGAAAACAAUUCCACCUGAAAGCUUUUUUUUAGCAAAUGGAUUGUGUGAUAAUGAAUCAGAAGACGAUAAAAUUGAAAGAGAAAAUCUUCGAAAAUUCGGAUGGAAAUUUGUUGAAGGCUUAUUUGGGAUUGAGGGAUUGAUUGAUUUUAAUAAAAAUAACAUUGAUAUUAAUAACAAACGACCUGCUUCUAAACUUUAA